GGAGCAGACCAAACCCCGGCCCGGUAGUUCUGGCCGCCGUCCCGGUGCGCACGGACGUGGCUCGAGUUUCCUCCGCUCUCGCUCGCUCGCCCCCCUCCCGCUCUUCCUUCUCUCCGGGUCUCCGGCUCCGGCUCCAGCUCCACUCGGCCGGCCCCGCACGGCUCCGGGUAGCCAUGGAGGACGUCACGCUCCACAUCGUCGAGCGGCCGCUUCCCGGGUACCCCGACGCCGAGGGCCCGGAGCCCUCCCCCGUGGGGGCGCCGGCCACGGAGGAGCCGUCUGGGGCCGGCUCUGAGGAGCUGAUCAAGUCGGACCAGGUGAAUGGCGUGCUGGUGCUGAGCCUGCUGGACAAAAUCAUCGGCGCCGUCGACCAGAUCCAGCUGACCCAAGCCCAGCUGGAGGAGCGGCAGGCGGAGAUGGAGGGCGCCGUGCAGAGCAUCCAGGGCGAGCUGAGCAAGCUGAGCAAGGCACACGCCACCACCAGUAACACGGUGAGCAAGUUGCUGGAGAAGGUGCGCAAGGUCAGCGUCAACGUGAAGACCGUGCGCGGCAGCCUGGAGCGCCAGGCCGGCCAGAUCAAGAAGCUGGAGGUCAACGAGGCCGAGCUGCUGCGGCGCCGCAACUUUAAAGUCAUGAUCUACCAGGAUGAAGUGAAGCUGCCGGCCAAACUGAGCAUCGGCAAGUCGCUGAAAGAGUCGGAGACGCUGCCCGAGAAGGAGGGCGACGAGCUGGGCGAGGCCGAGCGGCCCGAGGAGGACGCGGCGCUGGAGCUGUCGUCGGACGAGGCGGUGGAGGUGGAGGAGGUCGUCGAGGAGUCGCGCGCCGAGCGCAUCGAGCGCAUCAAGCGCAGCGGCCUGCGGCGCGUGGACGACCUCAAGAAGGCCUUCUCCAAGGAGAAGAUGGAGAAGACCAAGGUGCGCACGCGCGAGAACCUGGAGAAGACCCGCCUCAAGACCAAGGAGAACCUGGAGAAGACGCGCCACACGCUGGAGAAGCGCAUGAACAAGCUGGGCACGCGCCUGGUGCCCGCCGAGCGGCGCGAGAAGCUCAAGACGUCGCGCGACAAGCUGCGCAAGUCCUUCACGCCCGACCACGUGGUGUACGCGCGCUCCCAGACGGCGGUGUACAAGGUGCCGCCCUUCACCUUCCACGUCAAGAAGAUCCGCGAGGGCGAGGUGGAGGUGCUCAAGGCCACCGAGAUGGUGGAGGUGGGCGCCGACGACGAGGGCGGCGCGGGGCAGGGCGAGGCCGCCGACCUGCUGCGCGGGAGCAGCCCCGACGUGCACACGCUGCUGGAGAUCACCGAGGAGUCGGACGCCGUGCUGGUGGACAAGAGCGACAGCGACUGAGCAGGACGCGGGGCUCGGCCUCUCCCCGCCCCGCCCCCCCCCCCCCCCCCCCCCCCGCUCCUUUCCCUCGCCCAACUUUCUCUUCCGCAUUCUCGCUCAGCCCCGAACUGGCUGAGAUUUUUCUAAAUCAAAAACACCUCCCCUCGAGCAGCACCCCUCCAAGUCUUACAGCUGUUACGACGGGAGGGGGAGGCAGCCGCCGCCACCGACAGCCCCAAUUUGGACAGAGUCUGGGUGGAAAUGGGAAGGGGAGUGACCCAUGUCCUGGUUGUCCAAGUCAGGGGUCCUAGAGGAAAUUGCUGUGAUCCCAAGGUUGGGCCCCCCUUAGGAGGCUGCUUUCCCCUCAACGUCCCCCCUGCCACACACUCACACCUGGCUGUCAUUCCUGCUCACUGAGCUCCUCUCAUCCUGACCCCUGUAGGUUUCAAAGCCAAAAUUACCCAAAGAGGAAAGAGUGAAUCCUGGAGGGGACCCUUGCCCACGUGGGAGGCUCCUCUCCUAGAAGGACAUGAAAGCAGCUUUGGGGGGAACCUGAGGCAGUGGGGGAGAAAGGGCAGAGUGAGCUCUGACCCUGGAUGAGGGUCCAGUACAGGCUAUGUCUGCAAAGGGUCCCAACAAGGAAGGCUGGAGCCAAGUGGACGCCUGGGGAAGGAGGGGGUGUGGAACGACGGAGGUGUGGGGGGAAGGGCACACUUACAUGUUUAUACACCUGCACACAGGAGCACAUGGCUAUGGCUUUAGGAAGGAAAAUAGGAAAUAAAGGAAAGUGCAAAUGAGUGAAGAGAGGGGUGAAGUCCCCUUGUUAGCAGCAUGAGAAACACGGGACAAGAAUCUCACCAUACUUGGGUUCUCAGAGGACUGAAGGACCAUUUUCAGGGUCAGGAAGUACAGGUUGAGAAAGCGUCUGGGUGGUGCCCCCAGUGCUCCUCAGCCCAUUUCUCAAAGCCCAGAAUAUUAGGGUCCCAGAAGGGUGCAAGAGCAGGCUGUGGAGAGCUGGGAGUUAGGCAGGAGGCAGACUGGAGAGCACGAUGCUAAUGGCCAGGCCACCAAGCUGAGAGCUGGAGAGGAGGUAAGGAGAGCACAGGAUAGAGCACCCAGCCCUGGCUCACUCCCGGCAGCUUCUACCCGGGGUCCUUCCCUAGAGCUAGUAUCACAAAGCUGCAGAACUUGACAAUACCUCGCUGGUUUCCUUGCCCUUGGGGGUGCCUUUCCUGAAUUUGGGGGGGGUGAGGGGAGCGCUGCUUCCAUUCCGGAGGCCUUAUGUCUGUAGUCCACUGACCAAGUUGUCCUCAGGACACUUCAGUCCCCCAUUCCUAACCAUUGAAAGUGGCUUGUCAAGUAAGGUCACCCCCUCCCCCCAAGUCACAGCCUGAAGGGAGAGCUGGAGGGCUUCCUCCUUUUCCUUUCUCCCCCCUCCCCCACCUCCUCCUUACCUUCCCUGCUCUGCUUUUUAGAAUUGCAGCUAAUUGUUUUAAGGGGGGUGGGGGGAUCCUGGGGACACAAACCUUUUAUACAAUACAAAGCCUUGCUUUUUUUUUUUUUUUUUUCUUCCUUUUCCUUUUCUCCUUUCUCUUUCCUGAGUGGUUGGAGACAUGUCAGCUGAAGGAGGAUGGGGCUUGUGGGACAAGGUCCCUUGGUGCUUUUGGGCGGAAGGGGCCUGAGUUGUUUUCUGAAAAAGACGCAGUUUUCUGCUGGCUCGCGGGAGCCUCUCACGUUGCUGUGUCCUGGUGACCAAUAAACCUGCUUUUCUAAAAGGA